CCUCGGUACCUCUCCAAAUCCCAGAGGCGGAAAUAAGAGGCCUCUACGCCGGUUGGUUGCAGUUUAGGCAUCUCAGAAGAUUUGAGUUACCUGACAAUUAUGGCACCAAGAAACCUCUGGUACAUGAGGAAUAACUUUCUCUUUGGUUCAAGAUGUUGGAUGAUCCGAUUUUCAGCAGAAGUCCUCUUCAAAUCAGUUUCAUUUAGGCUUUUUUGUGUGAAGUGUGAUAAUGCAGGCAAUGAGCCCUUGAAGAAUGAGGACCUACUGAACAACUUACUUUCUAUGGGAGUAGAUAUUGACAUGGCAAAGAAACGACAGCCUGGAGUUUUUAAUAGGACGAUUACUAAUGAACAGGACCUGAAGAUUUUCCUUCUAUCCAAAGGAGCUAGCAAAGAAGUGAUUGCUAGCAUCAUAUCAAGAUAUCCACGAGCUAUCACACGUACUCCUGAAAGUCUUUCACAACGGUGGGAGCUGUGGAGAAGGAUUAUGACCUCAGACCUUGAAAUUAUAAAUAUUUUGGAACGUUCUCCCGAACCCUUUUUUCGGUCCAGUAACAACCUAAACUUAGAGAAUAAUAUAAAGUUCCUCUACUCAGUUGGAUUGACCCGUAAAUGCCUUUGUCGAUUGUUGACCAAUGCCCCUCGUACCUUCUCCAAUAGUGUUGAUCUGAACAAACAGAUGGUUGAACUUUUGCAGAAUAUUUGUUUGUCCUUGGGUCACAAUGAUUCUGCAGAUUUUGUCAGGAAGAUAAUUUUUAAAAACCCUUUUAUCUUAAUUCAGAGCACCAAACGGGUGAAAGCUAACAUUGAAUUUUUACAGUCAACUUUCAACUUGAACAGUGGGGAACUGCUAGUUCUGAUAUGUGGUCCGGGAGCUGAAAUCCUAGACCUUUCCAAUGACUAUGCCAAAAGAAACUAUGCAAAUAUCAAAAAGAAGUUUUUUUCUCAUGGAUGUACUGAAAAAGAGAUACAGAAGUUUGUCUUAAGCUAUCCAGAUGUGAUGUUCUUAGCAGAGAAAAAGUUUAAUGAUAAAAUAGACUGCCUCAUAGAAGAAAAAGUUAGCAUCUCACAAAUAAUUGAAAAUCCUCGGGUUCUGGACUCAAGCAUAAGUACUUUAAAAAGUCGAAUCAAAGAAUUGGUAAAUGCUGGCUAUAACUUGAGUAUGUCAAAUAUCACUCUUCUGUCUUGGAGUCAAAAAAGAUAUAAAGCUAAAUUGAAAAAGUUAAAUGGAUAGAAUAGUGUUUGGGGAAUUAAGAAAUCAGUCUUAUAAUGUAGCACUAUCAUUUCAUUUUGAAUUUGGGCUUUUCAGAAAGAAGAGGACCCACAGAUAGAUAUAUAAUGGUCCUUUGAAUGUUUUGUUUUGUAGGUUCAUGAAAACUCAUGGUUGGUAUGCUCAAGUAUAGUGCUUCUAUCAACCUCUUCUCUAGUUUGAAUUAAUGCAACAUCUUAUUUUAUGAUAUAAGGCUGUGGCUGCUAUACAAAUAGUAGUUCCUGAGUGCCACAGCAGAGCAGUAGGUAGAAAGUACAAAAUAAGCUUUUGGGGCUUCUGUUCAGAUUAAAAAAUCAACAGAUUUAUUUAGAUAGUUCUAUUUCCUCUCAUGUUUUUAAAUGGCAACCUAUUUCUCCUGUUAUUCCCAUGUGUCUAGUUGUGGUUCACCUUCAAAGUAGAAUACCAGUAAAAAUGUGACAGAACAGAAAGGAGGGAUUUUUCAUUCCAAGUUCCACAUUUUCUAUUUAAACCAUUAGUGCACUU